UAAGGGCGGCAUGAGCGGCGACACUUCCCCCAUUCAACUCAACUCCCGCCGAACAAAGUACCAAUCAACCAACCAAUUUACAACUACCAUCAGCCGACAACAUCAUGUCCGCCGCGUUUAUGAACCUCUACCACGCCUCCUCGUCCCGCUCUCCCGCCACUCCUAUCGAGUUUGGGCGGGGCCGUACUCAGAAGAGUGCGUUGACGGGUGGAUGGCCCAGCCAGCAGGCGUCUUCGUCGCAGUUCACUACACAACCCACCCCGCGCAAGCGCCGCCACCAGCGCAGCUAUCAGUACACCGAGCCGACUCUGUUCGUCUCGGGCCCGCCAGCAUACACACCCGCCGUUCCGCGUCCCACCGCGGUCGCCAUGACCCACUCCACCGCCACCUCGCUUCGCCGCCUGCGCGCCAUGCCGCGGCUCGAAGUGCUGGAGGAAGCCGACGAAGACGUCGUUGAGGACGAGGACGAGGAGCCGGACUUCGUGCCGCGGACGUUCCGGUCGCGGAGAUGGUCAUCCGUGAGCUCGAUCGCGUCGUCGUUGGCGUCGAUCCCGGAGAAGGAUGAAAGGGAUGCCGCAUAGGACGUCGUAUGACGAAAGGAGAAAGACCACCGGCGCACAUCCGAAGCCAAAGGCCACUCGCCCUCCACGUCAAAUUGGAGAGAGUGCGACACCAGCCGCGCGAACACAGCUGCGUGUCGCCAGCACGGCCCUAACAGGAGAGGAACGAGCACAUUACCAUAUUUACCUUGAACACCGAACCAAUUGACCAUGAAUUUGCAAC